AUGCUUCUAGGCAGGGAAUACUACCAAACAUCUUUUGAACCUCUACUCGUACUUGGCCCAAUAACAAUACAUGCUGUCUCCGGAGUACUCAAACGUAUACUCUCUCCUCCAGGUCGACCACCCCGCAAAUUAAGCAACCUUCUCAGUUUGACAGGAUACGGUACUAUGCUGCUAUUCCUCCCCAUCCACUUUCUUACACAUCGCGGAUACCCCAUGCUCGAAACCGCACCCAUAUACGGCGUCGGGCCUGCAGAACUGGACUAUGAAUUCGUCAAAACAGGACUGAAGACGUGGCCAAUACGGAGUACUAUUCUAUACGGAGGUCUGAUCCUUUCGACGACCCUCCAUCUUGUCGAUGGGAUGACUCUCAUAUGGAAUUCAUGGCUCAAGGAUUCACUUUCGAGCAAAAUGGCCAGCUGGAAGCGCGAAGCUCGACCUAAGAGGAUACUUAUGGCGUUGGGAUGCCUGGCGCUGCCCGUGAUGACGGGUUUGUACACCUUGUUCAAGGAGCCCAUGAUGACUUUUACAAGCAUGGCCAAGAGAUAUGAAGCCGUGUAUCUGACGUCGUUAAUAUACAGACUAUAA